GACGCUGCAACAACAGAACUGAAGAUUAAAGGUUUGCUUUUCCUGAGCUUUAGCCUGUAUCUGAUUUUAAAUCUGCAGAAAUGUUGGAACCCUGGAGCAGGAACAUUGUCCUGGGUGUUGAAGUGGGAAUGCUGGUGGUGGUCCUGGUAUCUGGCUGUGCAGGACAGAUCAGUCACCAAAGAGAGGAGGGGUCAUCCUGCUAUGGGGGAUUCGACCUUUACUUUGUUCUGGACAAGUCUGGCAGUGUGCAGGGUUACUGGAAUGAGAUUUAUCACUUUGUUGAUCACCUGGCCCACAAGUUUAUCAGUCCUCAGCUGCGAAUGUCUUUUAUUGUAUUUUCAACAGAAGGAAGGACUCUAAUGGCUCUAACGAAUGACCGAGAACAGAUUCGGGUUGGACUAGAGGAGCUCUGCACGGUUCAGCCGGGUGGAGACACCUUCAUGCACAGAGGUUUUCAGAGAGCCAGUGAGCAAAUAUACUAUAGCACUGGAGAUGGUUUCCGGACCGCCAGCGUCAUCAUAGCCCUGACGGACGGUGAACUGAGAGAAAAUCAGUUUGACCUGGCUGAAAGAGAGGCAAGCAGGGCACGCCAACUGGGUGCUUCCGUUUACUGUGUGGGAGUGAAAGAUUUCAAUGAAACUCAGCUUUCAACAAUAGCUGACAGUAAGGAUCAUGUCUUCCCUGUCGGUGAUGGUUUCCAGGCGCUGCAAGGAGUCAUAGACUCAAUCCUGAAGAGGUCAUGUAUUGAGAUCCUGGCUGUUGAACCCUCCAGCAUCUGUGAAGGAGAGUCUUUUCAGGUUGUAGUCAAAGGAAACGGUUUCCUUCACGCCAGAGAUGCUCAGAAAGUUCUCUGCAGCUUCCGCAUCAAUGACACAGUUACUCUGAUGAAAAGGCCGCUGGUGGUUCGCGAUACCUACCUUUUUUGUCCAGCUCCCGUCCUGGAAAAACAGGGAAUGUCUGCUACUCUUCACGUCAGCAUGAAUAAUGGCCUGAGCUUCAUAUCCAGUUCUGUCACUAUAACUGCAGUGACUUGUUCCGAUGGUAAGUUUGUGGCCAUAGCGCUGCUCGUCCUGCUGCUCCUGCUGACCGUUGCUUUGCUGUGGUGGUUCUGGCCGCUGUGUUGCACCGUGGUCAUUCAUGAACCUCCUCCUCCUCCAGUCAAUGAUGACUUCUCCGAUGAUGAGGAGGGUUUUCCAAAGAAGAGGUGGCCCACAGUAGAUGCUUCAUACUAUGGAGGACGUGGAGUCGGAGGAAUCAAGAGAAUGGAGGUCUUUUGGGGAGAUAAAGGCUCCACUGAAGAAGGAGCAAAACUAGAAAAAGCUAAAAAUGCUCGUGUUGUAAUGCCAGAACAGGAGUUUGAUUUGCCUCCACCACGACUCUAUUACAGCAUCCACAAACCCAUCCUCCCUCACAAAUGGUAUUCUCCCAUCAAGGGAAAACUGGAUGCUCUAUGUGUUUUUCUGAGAAAAGGAUAUGACAGAGUGUCUGUGAUGCGACCCCAUCGUGGAGACAAGGGCAGGUGCAUUAACUUCAGCCGCAGUAAACCCUACCCUGUGCUUCACUAUCCGGUCUACAACCAUCCGUCUACACCCAUCUACACUUUACCUCACAGAUACCAGGGUCAACCACCACCAACUUCAAGUCCACCCCCUUUUCCAUCCACUCCUCCCCCAGCCAUCGACACCCCUCCCAUGUACAGACCCCCUCCCAACAGAGCCCUGCCCCCAGCUGCCAUGAACCCCGCCUCUGCACCACCUUCUAUCACUGGCUUUCUGCCCCCUCCUCCUCAGGGCCCGCCUCCUUGUAGAGCCCCGCCUCCAUCCCGGCCUCCUCCGCAGCUCAAUAAUGACGAUGACUGGUGAAACUGUACAGAAGAGGGAUCCGAAUUCAGGGGAGUGGCCUGAAAAGACAGUUUAAUUAUCUCUUAAAAGUUUUAGUUUUGAUGAUGCAGCUGGUGAGUCGACACAGGCACAGUGAAAACUGCACAGUUCAUUCAAGACAAAAGUGCCUUUUGCAUGUGCUCUUCUGCUAUAAACACAUCUAUUUGAAACUUUAGAAGAUAAAUACUCAGCGCCAAAUCCACAAAGAAUGGAUUGUGACCGUCAUUUGCACCAUUUCCCACCUGUGGGGAAUUUGUCCAUGUUAUGUCCAGCUGGAGGUGUUUUUGUGUUUUUCUCACUGAACCAUAAUGAAAAUUGCACAGAUGCACACACAGAGCUCUCCACAGUCUUAAACUAACAUUCAUGCAGAUGCUCCAUGUUUUUAACACAAUUCAGUGAAAUGUCUGUUAAUGCGAUUCAGACAGGUCUGAAACAUGUUCCAUUAACAUCCAAAUCAAACAAUGUUUUUUAGUGCUGAUGUUGUUUGGUGUCUCCAAGCAGAACAUGAUGUGGAUGCUGCAGUGGUAAAAGCAUUAACACCAGAUCAGUCAGGAUCUGAGUCACUAAUGUUACCUGCUCUGCAGCUUUUAUGCUCAAAUUUCAGGUUUGUAAGAUGGACUGUAUGUGAUACAGCAUCCUGAUCUACAUCAGUGCUGUGGAAAUUUGUAUUGAUUUUUCAUGAAUUAGGGGGCGAUUUUUCACUAAAUAUAUGAGUAUUAACCCUUUAAGCACCAAGGUUGCAAUAUUGCGACAAGCAACAUAUCUGAAUAAAACAGACAGCUUUUUGAAAUCUUGAUAUCAAAAGUGAAUAUAAAAAAACAAAAAAGCUUUCAAGAGUUUACACUUUGAAAGUGCUUUCAUAAUAUGUAUUGUAUUUUUAGCAGAUUUGCAGCAAAACAGUCUUUCUUGUGGAUCUGGAUCUCAGUGUAGCAAGCAGACCUUUGGCUAAUAAAUGCUUUUGGAAGCAAGUACUACAUUAGCUUUAUACAUUCCAUAUGCAACAUAGAGAAAUCUAAUAGAUUUUCAUCCAUGCAAAAACAUCUACUUGUAAUAAUCUGCUGUGCUUUAUAAUAAUAAACAGCGUGAAGGUAAUAUGUAAUACAUUUCCCCACAUUUUUUAAAUAUGCCAUACCAUACCAUACCAUACCAUACUGUGCUGUACCAUACCAAGUGAUUCCAUUCCAUAACAUACAGUGCCAUACCACACCGUACUGUUCCGUACCAAACCAUAAUAUACCAUACUGUUCCGUACCGUAUCAUACUGUUCCAUUCCGUUCUAUACCGUACCAAACCAUACUGUCAGAUAAGGAUGUGAUUCCUAGAUUCCAAAUUGCUCAAAGUUUAAAACUCAGACUUAUCCAGAGUUGAAGGUUAUAUGUGGAAUCUAGUGUCAUUAUAUGGUUGGUAUGUAGUGGUUGUGUAGUUGUGUAGUUGUGUAGGUGACUUUAAGAAUCAUGUGGAUGUUGACAAUGACAGCUUUGAAUCUUUUCUUCAGUAUCAAGUUUAAUCACCUUCUCCCAAAAUGUACAUAAACCCACUAACGAACUUCCUCUUGUUUUCAACAGAAACUUCCAUGAGCGCCAUAAAGCACGAUAUUAUUGUUAUUUUCACACUGACCCAUGGGGAUCCACGGGUUCUACAUGUGGUAGUUUUUAUGUUGUUGUGUAUUUGUGCAUGCUGUACUGCAUUUGUCCAGCAGUCACCGCCAAAGCCUUCUUGCCAUAGCAGUGUGACUGAGGCUAUUGUAUUCCAAAAUGACUAAUAUCCCCAAAAUAUUGGUCCUAUCAAUUUGCCAUUUUUGGUAGUCAGUUCCUUGACCAAAAAUACAUAAGUAUGACAAACUACAGCAGUCAGCUCUGUACGGAUACACACACACACACACACACACACACACACACACACACACAUAGGCCACUUGGCUUUCAUAAUAUAGAUUGUUGAUGUUUAAUUUGUAAAAGGCUCUUUAAUUUCUAAAUAUUUUUAUUUCAUAUUUUUGUUUCUCUUAAAUAAUCAGUACUUAUUUAAAGGAUGUGACUCCAUUUUCUAUUUUUUAACAUUUGAGACCAAAACGUGAGCUUCAAAAUAUGGUUCUAUUCUAUUCUAUUCUAUUCUAUUCUAUUCUAUUCUAUUCUAUUCUAUUCUAUUCUAUUCUAUCAGCGCAUUGACCCACAGGGAACCACAGAUCAUAUUAAUACUGAAUUCAUACCACAUUAGCAGAUGCAUUGUUCCUGUUUUUACACACACACAGAUGCUCUGAAAUCUUCCAGUAUUAUGAUAUAUAUUAUAUUAUAUUAUAUUAUAUUACAUUAUAUUAUAUUUGUGAGGUGAGUAAAACAAAGUGACCAGUGUUUAAACUCCCUCCUUGUCGUUGCCUUGGACCUGCUCCUGGAGGGUCUGGGUUUCCUCUGUGUAUAGUGUUUUCUAAGGCCUUGAUAUGAAUUUGUGAAAUACCUUGAGAUAAUCAUGUCCUUAAAUUGGCACCAUGUAAAUAAAACUGAAAUUGAUUGAA